AUGGCAGCAAACAUCAUUGAAGUUCCGGGAUCAUGGUGCUGCUGGUACUUUUGUCACAGGUGGAAGAUACAGCCAGAGCACUUCAAAAUAAAUUAUUUGCCUGGCCAACGUCCAAAUGCGGUGUACCUGCUGUACGAAAUCAGGUGGAGCAGAGGUACCAUCUGGAGGAACUGGUGCUCAAACAAUCCUACCCAACAUGCUGAAGUCUACUUCUUGGAAAAUUGUUUCAAGGCACUGCCAUCAGUUUAUUGCUCCAUCACCUGGUUCCUAUCUACUACACCCUGUGGGAGAUGCUCCAGAAGAAUUCUGGAAUUCCUGAGGGUACAUCCUAAUGUGACCUUGGAAAUAUACGCAGCCCGGCUGUUCAGGCAUCUGGAUAUCCGUAACCGGCAAGGUCUUAGGGAUCUGGCAAACAAUGGAGUCAUGAUACGUAUCAUGAAUGUUGAAGGUAACCCAACUACUCUUUGGCUUUGUCUAGGUGUGGAUUCAAAGUUCUGGGUUUAUGUGCAUUCUCAGCAGUUGUGCUUUGUACUAGUGGUGAUGACUGGCAUUGGGGAGGACUAG